CCAUGGUCUAUGGUUUGUGAAGCGCAAACUCAGCGCGUUGUAUUUUUAUGCUUACAAUAAUAUUAUUGAUAAUUUUAAUCUGAAUUAUUUUCUACCAGUGGUACAUUUAUAUCUUUACCCUAAAGCACCUUAAUAUUUUACAAUGGAAGUAACCAGGAGAAAUUUCAAAGAGGCAUUGCCUUUAAUCGGUGCAUCUAUAGAUAAAGCGGACUUUUUAGUAAUAGAUGCAGAAUUCACAGGCUUAAUAAACGGCCGCGACGUGUCUAUAUUCGAUUCCCCUCAGGAAUACUAUACCACAUUGUUGAAUGGGUCCACGGACUUUUUAUUAAUACAGUAUGGAUUAUGCGCUUUCUGUUGGAAUGAUGUCGAGAAACAGUACACUAAUGAAUCGUACAAUUUCUAUUUAUUCCCGCGUGGUCGGCCGGGGCCUGAGAAAAUGUUUUUGUGUCAAAGUUCUAGUCUAGACUUCUUGGCUGCACAGGGAUUUGAUUUCAAUAAAUUGAUCAAAGAAGGUAUAUCAUAUAUGACGGAGCCUACAGAGACUAGGCUAAGAGAAAACUUGACAGAGCGACAAAGCAGAAACAAUAAUGAGAAGGAAUCUAUUUUAAUCCCUGAAGAGAACAAAAGUCAGAUUGAAAGCAUUUGUAAAAAAGUUCGCAAGUUUUUAGAUGACAAUGACUCAGAGGAAAUGGAGAUAGACCGGUGCAAUGCUUUCAUCAGGCGACUGCUAUUCCAGGAGCUCGGCACACGGUUCAAGAAUGAGGCGUUUGUCGAAUCUAAGGUCUUAGAAAAUAAGAAUAGGGUGUUAAAAGUGACUAGGUUAAAAUCAGCAAAUGAAGUACAAGAUCUGGACUCACAGAAGAAAGAAAAGGAAUGGGAGGAGUUUGAGGAGGCAGUUGGUUUUUCAAAGGUCGCCAGGAUGAUCAGCCAAUCUGAGAAGCUAGUGAUUGGUCACAACAUGCUAUUAGAUGUCCUGCACACGCUCAACCACUUCUUCCAGCCGCUGCCACCAGACCUAGCAUCCUUCAAGGAAUUCGUGCAUUGCAUGUUCCCAAGGUUGCUAGACACUAAGUACAUGUCAAGUUUGCCGCCGUUCAAGGACAAGGUGAACUCAAGUGUGUUGCAUCACUUGCUCGCCACAUUGUCAGAAGCGCCCUUCUCGCUGCCUGACACUGAGUCGGAAGAGGGGCGCGGCUACACGCGCGCCGACGACAAACACCACGAGGCGGGCUACGACGCGUACGUGACCGGCCUGUGCUUCCUGGCCAUGCACGCGCACCUGGCGCGCAUGCGCGGCGAGCAGCGCGCGCGCGUCGGCGCCGCGGACUCCGCGCUGCUCAAGCCCUUCCUCAACAAGCUGUUCCUGGCCAAGACGGCGUACCAGGACUCGCCCUAUAUCAACUUGACGGGGGCCGAUCCCGCGCCCUCCAGAGACCACGUGUUCCACUUAACGUUCCCCAAAGAGUGGCAGAGGAAUGACAUCAAUCAGUUGUUUAGUGCGUUUGGUCAAGUAACCGUGCAGUUUCUGGACGAUACAUCGGCUCUGGUGGGGCUUUCGAGAAAAGACCUCGCCAAGACGGUCGCCCGAAGCUUUGCGAAUAACAACCGGAUAUCCCUCGUGCCCUAUCUCAAGUACAAGGUGCAGACUAACAAGAGCAACCAGCAGCAUUUGGAGCGUCGUGAAGAUUCAUCGGAAAAGUUCACCAAAUUGCACUCUGACAACGCUCCGAUCGCUCGCCGAGGUACUGUAAGCAAUUCCCCCACGGCUCGGUCGCCGGAGGUGAGCCGGAGCCGGUCACUCAGCGCGUCGUCCGCCGCCACUGCGCCGGCGCAGACCGCGCGUAAGAGGACUUCUUCCGGAGUAUUCCAGGUCGAAGAAAGUGAACCCCCGUCAAAGAAGACAGAAGUCACGAAAGAAAACACAGAAGGGCGAAACAACUCUGCGGUCAUAUCGAACGGACGCAGCAAACACAGUGAGAGUGAGAAGGAGAUCGCAAAGGAGAGAAGAAAAGAGAAAGAUGUAGUGAUAAAGAGUUUCGUUAGCGACAGACCAGUCGAAUGUGUGACCGCCUUCAAAGAGAGCGAUAGUUGGGACUAAUAUAAUGAAGUUGAUGUCUAAAAA